CUCGUUAUUAUAUCGACCAUCCACUUGAACGCUCGCACCUAGAGCAAUCUAAUCCGAAACUAAUUUAGUAUCAAUCAACAUGCUGCGUGGAAUCUUUUCCAUUCUGACGGUUCUGUUGGCUGCAUUCUGCCCUUGCAGCUUCCAAGCUGACAUUGCCGACAAGUACUUUCCUCAAUCCUUCAGAUUCGGAGCUUCGACAGCCGCAUACCAGAUUGAAGGUGCUUGGAAUGAGGAUGGUAAAGGCGAAAAUAUGUGGGACCAUUGGUUGCAUGAAAACGCCGGCCAUACAGACGACGGUCUCAACGGCGACGUCGCCUGCGACUCGUACCACAAGUGGCAGGAGGACGUACAACACUUGAAAGAGCUGGGAGUCCAAACCUACAGGUUUUCAUUAUCAUGGAGCAGAAUAUUACCAACCGGAUAUCCCGAUACUAUUAACCAGCUAGGUGUUGACUACUACCUCACCCUUAUCAAGACUUUGAAAGAGAACGGUAUCGAGCCGAUUGUCACCAUAUACCAUUGGGACCUCCCGGAAGUCUUCAACGAACAGGGAGGGUGGUUGGUACCCGAAGUCUCCGACCAUUAUGAGAGUUACGCGAGGGUGUGCUUCCAACUCUUUGGAGAGCAGGUCAAAUAUUGGGUGACGGUAAACGAACCCAAGUCUACUUGCAUGUGGGGCUACGGUACCGGCAUCCAAGCACCGGGACUGACCUUGAUCGGGGAUGGAGUGUACACUUGCGCUCACAAUAUUUUACUCGCUCAUGCCAAAGCAUGGCAUGUCUACGACACAGAGUUCAGAAGUCAACAAGGAGGAAAAGUCGGUAUAGUUCUCGACCACACGUGGAGUGAACCGGCUAGCAAUAGCCAACAGGACGCCGAAGCGGUGGAAAGGGAAAACGAAUUCGGUCUUGGUUGGUAUGCCAAUCCCGUCUACUUAGGCAACUACCCCCAGGUGAUGAUCGACAGGAUCGGAAAUAGGAGCGUCCAGGAAGGUCUCUCCCAAUCCCGAUUGCCUCAAUUCACUGACACACAAGUUGAGUUUAUUAAAGGCACCUCUGACUUUUUCGGCCUCAACAUGUACACCGGCUAUAUGGUGCAGUAUACCGAUGAUUACCAGGCGAAUCCCCCCACGUAUUGGGGUGAUAAAGGUGGUAACACAUAUAGCGACCCCUCGUGGCCGAAAUCAUCUCUGGACUGGCUGACCUCCUAUCCGGAGGGCUUGAGAAAACUUCUCAAUUACGUCAAUGACAAAUACAAACCACCAGAGAUCAUUGUUACGGAGAACGGGUGGACUGACGUCACAGGCACCUUGGACGACGACGACAGAGUAUCGUACUACCAAGGCUACUUGAGUAACCUAUUGCUAGCACUGGUCGAGGAUGGCGUCAACGUCACGGGUUACACGUUGUGGAGUUUGCUGGAUAACUUCGAAUGGGGUUCGGGAUACACGCAAAAGUUCGGCAUAAUCCAUGUGGACUUCAAUAGCCCGAACAGGACGAGGACGUGGAAAAAAUCGGCCAAGUGGUAUCAAAACGUUAUCGCAACCAGAUGUUUGGUCGAUCAGUGUCAAUAAAAACUUAUUAUUAUUAAAAACGUU